UAAAUAGUAACCAAUUGAUCAACAGGCUGAAAAUUCAUCAGAUGUUAUCAUUUCGCAAUUCAAGUUGUGUUAAGGAAAACCUAAAACGAAUAAAUAUGUAAUAAGAUCAACAAACAAACUAAGGGAUAAAAUGAAGAUGGGUACAGUUUCAAAUACCAAGAGUGGUUGAUCAGCGAGGUGUUGUGAUAAUGAAUGGAAUAAAUAGUUCUUGGAUUAUUUUAUCUAUUUUCUUAUUGGCGAGAAGCUGCAGGUCCCUGAAUGAAAUUUUAAAUAGAUCUACAGAAGAAGGACUGGUUUUCAAUACCUUUACAGAGAAUGUGGAUUUCAUUGAUUUUCUCGACCAACAUUCGGUAAAUGAAGAAAUCUUACAUAUUAUGACCAAUGGAACUUCUAUAGCACAAGAGGAGUGCCAAUAUCAGUUCAAAUGGGACACCUGGAAUUGUCCAGUAGAUAUAGCAAUGCUUGACAGAAAUGAUUCCACAAGAGAGGCAUCUUUUGUUCAAGCAAUAACCGCAGCUGGACUUAUGUAUGCCGUAACGAAGUAUUGUAGGUCAGAGGAACAGACCUUAUGUUCAUGUGAUCAUACAAAACGGGAACCAAGUCAAAAUUCAGGAAUGGUUUGGGGAGGCUGUAGUGAUAAUAUAAAAUUUGGGAUAAAGUUUACACAGCAGUUACUCAACAAGAUGGACCCUGGAAACGAUUCAAAUGCAGCAAUGCGACGUCAUAAUUAUAAAGUCGGACUAAGAGCAGUCUUGUGGAGUGCAAAAUUGGAUUGUGUAUGCCCUGGUAUUAAUAAUAACUGUGCAACCAUGAGAGUAUGCUGGAAACAAGUUUCCAUCUUCCGUGAUAUUGGAACUUUCUUAAAAGAACUAUAUACACAUGCACAAUUUGUUAAAUAUCUGGAUAAACAGCUUUGGUUAGAAUACUAUGGUGGAACUCGUGAAUUGAUUUUAAAGAAAGAACUAGCAUACUUGCAGAUGUCACCAGAUAGUAUCUACGUACCACCAAUCUUCAAAAACAAAGUAAUGUUAAAGACAUAUCAGAAUCUUGUAAAGAUGUUGAGGAUUGUUAAGUUGACUGAUCAGCACUGGAUAUUCGACCCGGCUUUGGUAUUAGGCCCACUAAUAGUAUCUAAUAAUACCCGCAAUGCAUACUUUCUCACACGACUCCAGGUUAUGUCUAAGAAACACAUUUUGCAAGGUGUAAGAAGUGGAACUUUAACAGCACAAGAAGAAUGUCAGUAUCAAUUUAAUUGGGAAAGAUGGAAUUGCCCCGAAAACAAAGCACCAAUCAGUCAAGAAUUCGCCACAAGAGAGGCUGCUUUUGUUCAAGCAAUUACUGCAGCUGGAAUAAUUCAUGCUAUUGCAAAACUGUGCAGCUCUGGGCAAGAAACGUUCUGUUCAUGUGAGAAAACACAAUAUAAACUAGAUCCAGUAGACAACAUUCAAACUUUUUAUUGGGAUGGCUGCAGUAACAAUAUCAAAUUUGGAGGCAAAUUUACAUACGAGUUCCUUAAGGAAUUAGCUUCUGGAAAGGAUGAAAAUGCAGCUAUGCAACUACAUAAUUAUGAAGUUGGACAUAAGGCAGUUGAAAAGACUGCAAAAACAAAGUGCACAUGUCAAGGCAAAGGUUGUGCUUUCAAGGUAUGUUGGAGACAAGUUUCCACAUUUCGUCAUAUCGGAAGCUUUCUUAAAAACCGCUACAAAAAGGCCAAACUUGUACAGUUUAUUGAUGGUCAAUUACAGCAAAGAAAGUAUACACCCUCUCAAAAAGUAACCACGAUUAAAAAGAAGCAUUUGACGUACUUACAAAAAUCACCCAACUACUGCACCAAGAAUCAUGUACUCAAUAUUGAAGGGACUGAAGGUAGACAAUGUGCUCGUAAUAAAAACACAACGGACUUAUCAGAACGGAAGAGUUGCAAAACUUUGUGUACGUCUUGUGGAUACAAAGUAAUUAGAAAACAAAAUAAGUAUGUUUGUUUGAAGUAGGUUUCAUUUAAUUAUAUUUUUUCUUUUUAUUUAUUCUUGUUAUAUAAGAAUAUAUAAAUAAAAAUUUAUAUGAAUAUAA